GUAGCGCUCUACUGGAUCACUGAAGCACCGCAAGACAGACCACCGUCACCACUGUCACCGCUGAACAUAAUACAUACAUACAUAGCAUAAGUAGGUGGUAUUACUUAGAUAGGCAUCAACCGGCCUUGCACCAGGCUCAGGCAGGCUAUUGCCCGGUUACGUCUAGGCUGGAUGCGGUGCUUUGAGCAUUUUAUCCUAUCCUAUUUUGUUUUGGAUUUUCUGCUCAGCCUGCCUACCUACGACACGACGACGACGACGACGCAGAACUACGGUACACCAUGGACACACACACACCAUGGGCCGGCCAACUGUCUGUCUGUGUCUGUCUGUCUGUCUGGCACACACCACCUGCUUGUCUGGCCCCUACCUACCCAGCCUGCGCUAACUGUGGUGGUGGUAGCGCGCAGGCAGAGCGCAGGCAUCCUGGCACUGAUUGUCCUGGGUCUGUCCUGGGAUUGCGGCCUUGGGUCACCUCGCACUGGGCGGAUUCUUGGCUGUCCCAACGUUGCACCCAAAAGGCGGACCUGGAAUCGGCUGCAUAUUAUGUAUGUAUGCUCUCGCAGCGACAUGCCUGUCUGUAGCCCGACUAGGGGCCCCCUGUCUGCAGAGACAGUGGUACGUACCCUCGUGGCAUCGCGACGGGGACCUUCGACCAUGGGCCCUAUCAUCCAUGGGCCGUGGGUUAUGAGCCAAGGGCCAUGAGCCAAGGGCCAUGAUGGCAAUGGCAAUGAACAAUGUACAACCGGCUGUACCAAGGGUCGUGUACUUCGAAGCCUCCCCUACACGCAAAGGCUACCGGGGUACUUGGCAUGGCGUAGUGUCGACUACAAGAUGGCACAGCCAGCAUAGCACCGCGAGCCUACUGCCGUAAUGACCGAAGGAAGCUUCCUUCUAUAUAUUCCUUUGCUCCCGCCCUCUUGCUGUCCAUGUCCCACCACCAAGGCUUCUAUCUGGCUAACUAUAUAAUACUAGUGUUGA